GACCAAAUCAUUGCAAAAUGGCCGUUCCCUCCAAUUAAUUACAAGUUUUUACAACUGGUGUGGCCUCCACCCCAAAUCCAAUCCAAUCCUCUCCAUUCUUCAUCUUCUUCUUCCUCCUCCUCUUGCUUCAAUUUGAGCACAGCCAUGGCGUUUGCAGGGACGACACAGAAAUGUAUGGCCUGCGAAAAGACCGUUUAUUUAGUCGACAAACUGACGGCUGACAACAGGAUUUAUCACAAAGCUUGCUUCAGAUGCCAUCACUGCAAGGGUACUCUCAAGUUGGGGAACUACAACUCUUUCGAAGGAGUGCUGUAUUGCAGACCACACUUCGAUCAGCUCUUCAAGCGAACAGGAAGCCUCGACAAGAGCUUCGAAGGAACUCCUAAGAUUGCCAAACCAGAGAAACCUGCCGAUUUCGAGAAGCUGCAGGGAAACAAAGUUUCCGGCAUGUUCGCCGGGACGCGAGAGAAAUGUCUGGCCUGUAAGAACACGGUCUAUCCAACGGAGAAGGUUUCGGUGAACGGGACAGCGUACCACAGGAGUUGCUUCAAGUGCAGCCACGGCGGGUGCACGAUCAGUCCGUCGAACUACAUUGCGCACGAGGGUCGUCUUUAUUGCAAGCAUCACCACAUCCAGCUCAUUCGGGAGAAAGGAAACCUUAGCCAGCUCGAGGGCGGCGAAAAAGAUGAUUCGGUAAGCAAUGGCGCGGCGUAAUUUGCUUAUGCGAUUUUAAUUUUUCGGGUUUUUCGUUGCUCGGAUCUCUGAAUUUCUAUCUUGUUUGCGGGAUCGAUGUUAUUGAGUUUGUGACAUUAAUUGUGUGAGCGUGAAUAUAUAUAUAUUCGAAUUCGAAUCA